CUCGACGCUUUCAGUCUGACUGCUCUACACCGGGUUUCAAGAGUCAUGGCACAGAAUCCAGACCUUAAUGGUAUCGCCAUCGUCGGCAUGGGGUGCAAGUUUCCCGGUGCUGAUUCUAUCGAAGAGUACUGGAACCUCUUGGACGCUGGAAGAUCAAUGGUCACCGAGCCACCCAAGGGACGUUUCCCCUCACAUGAACAUGGGAGAAGUACAGAUAGAUCUGUGUUCUCCGGCAACUAUAUUGAUGACAUUGAAAGUUUCGACAACCGCUUUUUCAAGAAAUCUGGCCGCGAGGCCGCUUCCAUGGACCCGCAACAAAGACUGCUGCUAGAAGUCGCCUACCAAGCUUUAGAAUCCGCAGGUUUCUUCGGACCUAGAGAGCAGGAUUUGGAUGUAGGUUGUUUUGUGGGAGUCUGCGCAUCGGACUACAAUGACAAUGUUGCCAGUCACCCUGCCAACGCUUUCUCAACCUUGGGCACAUUACGUGCGUUCCUUACCGGCCGUGUCAGUCACUUCUUCGGUUUGACCGGCCCAUCGAUCACAUAUGACACCGCAUGCUCGUCGUCCGCAGUUGCCAUCGAUGCUGCAUGCAAAGCAAUUGCUCAUGGGGACUGCACGAGCGCACUUGCGGGAGGGGUCUCUCUUCUGACAAGCCCGCAUUUCUUCCAGAACUUAGCUGCCGCCUCGUUCCUAAGUCCCACUGGUCCUACCAAGUCCUUCGAUGCGCGUGCCGAUGGCUACUGUCGAGGCGAAGGUAUCGGGUUAGUCGUUUUGAAGAAACUUUCACAAGCCAUCCAUGAUGGCGACCAUAUCUUUGGCACUAUACUUGCUACAUCCGUCAAGCAAAGUAGCAACAAAGUACCGAUCACUGUCCCCUACAGCCCAUCACAUACCGCACUGUACCGACAAGUGCUGAGAAUGGCCGGUGUGGCUGCAGAGGAUGUCACAUAUCUUGAGGCUCACGGAACCGGCACACCGAUCGGCGAUGUUAUCGAGUUCGAUGCUCUCAGGGCAACCUUCGCCAGCAAACAACGGAAACAACCCCUCUAUGUAGGCUCUGUCAAGAGUAAUAUUGGUCACACGGAAAGUACUUCUGGGGUUGCUAGCCUCAUCAAGACGUUGUUGAUGAUGCAAAAGAGACAAAUUCCUGGGCAAGCAAAUUACUCGACGCCAAAUACUAAGAUCGAUCUCUCCAAGGGUCAAUUUGUAAUCCCGACACAGACGCAAUAUUGGGCAGCGGACACACUCAUAUCGUGUGUGAACAACUAUGGGGCUGCUGGCAGUAUUGCUGCCAUUGUGCUCAGAGAAGCACCGUCCUUGACUGCUGGAAGCGCGGGAAAUCAGUCCCUGCCAGGUUACCCCAUCGUCGUGUCCGGAAACAGCAAGGAAAGUAUUGCUGCCAAUUGCGAAAGGUUAAGAAGGUUUUUAUCAGAGCGAGAGAAGGAUGUUCAGAUUGCAGAUAUUGCUUUCAACUUGGCUGACCGGCAGAAUCGCGCGUUGCCAUAUAUCUUCGCCCACACCGUGACGAGCUUGUCCGAGCUUGAUAACCUCCUCGCAAACGCCACAUCAGAUUCGUCAAAAUACGAGAUCGGCAAGAGACGGCCUGUUGUGUUAGCCUUUGGUGGCCAAACAACGCGGUCAAUAGGCCUCAGGAAAGAGGUUUACGACUCUUCCAUCCUGUUGCGUAGAUACCUCGACGAAUGUGACAGCUUACUGAAGACUUUCGGAUAUGGAAAGGGGCUUUAUCCAGCUAUCUUCGACACUAGCUCUCAGGACGAUGUGGUUGGACUCCAGUGUAUGCAAUUCGCGUUGCAUUAUGCCUGUGCGCAGUCUUGGAUCGCUUGUGGCCUUCAGAUCGAUCGAAUCAUCGGACAUUCUUUUGGCCAGCUCGUCGCUUUAACCGUAGGUGGUGUUCUAUCACUUCUAGACGGCAUGAGAUUGGUAUACGGCCGCGCCGUCCUGAUGAGAGACAGAUGGGGUCAAGAACGUGGUUCAAUGAUCGCUUUGGAGGCUGACGCUAGCGAGACGAAGGCACUAAUUGCUUCUGUCCGUCGCCAUGACCCCACAGCUCCUGAAUUGGAGAUAGCAUGCUUCAACGGACCCGAAAGCCAUGUCGUUGUUGGAUCUGCUGCUGCUGUUGAGACUCUCGUCGCUAUCCUCGUGCGAAACAGAACCAAACACACGGUGCUCAACGUAUCCCAUGGUUUCCACUCGCGCUUUUGCGAUCCGAUUCUUUCUGGACUAGAAGAGCUAGCGAACAGCAUGACUUUCAGGGAGCCAGUAAUACCUAUCGAAACGUGCUCUAGGGGUGGGACAUGGAGCAUAGCCACCGCAAGGCUCAUCGCUGACCACGCCCGCACGCCAGUAUAUUUUGGAGAAGCCGUCAAGCGUAUCGAAGCGGACCUCGGACGCGCUACAUGGAUAGAAGCCGGUUCAAAUUCAUCUAUAACGGGUAUGGUCCGGCGCGCUGCCUCAAUGACGGCGGACCACCUGUACUGCCCAAUCAACCUUGGCCGAAAUGACGCCAUGGGAAUGAUGGCAGAUACUUCGACCAAGCUCUGGAAGAAUGGGCAUAACGUUCAAUUUUGGCCUUUUCAUCGCGCUCAGGCCGGGUCAUAUCGCCGUACGAGCUUACCUCCAUACCAAUUCGAGAAGACUCGCCACUGGCUGGACUUCAACCUCGAUGCUAUGCGGGAGCCCGGACGCGUCGCACCUGCGACAGUAUCGUCCCCUGUUCCAGAGCUUGUAGUGGAGCCAGAUCCUGUCUUCAUCACGUUCUCAGGAUUCCAGGAUGCUGAAAAGAAGUUCAGUGUUUUUACUAUUGACCCGCGUGCUCCUGAAUGGUCAACGAUGCUUGCAGGUCAUGCAGUGUUAGCUGAACCUCUUUGUCCCGCCCCUCUGUACAUCGAGUUGGCUACUCGUGCAGCAAGAGAGAUUGCAAGCCUUCGUGGCCUACAAAACGCUCAACAGGCUCGCGUAGACGGCCUGGAAAUCACCUCUGCAUUAGGCGCAAGUCAUGACAAGAUGAUCAAACUCAUCCUCAAGCAAACAUACCAGGGUAGCAACGAGUACAGCUUCACUUUCCAGGCACAUAGCCGUGGUGUGUCUCCAACAGAAGCAGAUCAUAUCUCUACGCAUGCUGUCGGCAAGGUUGAGCUUGCUUUGGUCGAUGAUAAGUCGCACGUCGCCGAGUUCAAUCGCUUGGCCAAGCUUCUUCGAUAUCACGAUUUCGAUGAGCACGAGGCGUCCCGGAUUGGAGAGGCUGUUCAUGGGAGCCUCGUAUACAAGAUAUUCUCUCGUGUUGUCCAGUAUCAUGACUUCUACAAGGGGGUGCGCAAAGUUACGAGCAAUGCAGGUGUCGUUUCUGCACAUGUCUCUCUGCCAGAAGACCAGCCCGCUGUCUUUGGCAGUCUUGCGACGAACCCAGUGGCGAUCGACAACUUCCUGCAGGUGCCCGGCAUUUACGCGAAUUGCUUGGCGCCAUGUCCAUCAGACGAAGUCUUUGUUUGCACCCACGUUGAUCGAGUUCAGAUGUCACAGGAUUUCGCUCUCAGCGGUGGCGACGGCUGGGAUGUCCUUGCGAUGUCCACACCUUCUGGUGAGAGGGAAUGCAGCAAUGACAUAUUCGUUAGAAAUCAUAUCACAGGACAGCUGGUGUUUGUCGUCUUCGGCGCUGCCUUUACAAGGGUCCGCAUUUCGUCCUUGUCGAAGGUAUUGUUCCGCACCAACGUGCACGACGGUGCGAUAGCUGCCGCAGUCCCUUCUAGACCCGCUCCAGCUGUUACCAAGGCUGGAACUUACACAAACGUCGUUGCUGCAGCUCGUCAGCCUCCACUUGUAUCUCCUGCUGUGGCGCAAUAUCGUGAUCCUGUGGCUGAGGAAUCUACGCCACGUCUCAGUGAAGACACUGCCCAAACGACACCGCGGGCGCCUGUACUAAGAAGUCAUGUCGUCCCACAGCUACAAAGGACUGGCGUGGAGGCACGACUUCGAAAUAUGCUCAGCAGAAUCACGGACGUGCCUGCAGAUCAAUUUGAAGGAGAUGUGCAGCUUGAGGACCUGGGCAUUGACUCUUUAAUGGCCACUGAAAUUGUAUCCGAAGUAUUUGACGUCUUCGGCAUCUCGAUACCCCAGGAUCAUCUUCAAGAUCUCCUGACGUUUGCGUCGCUGCGUGACUAUGUCGAUAGGCGAGAUGUAAGCGCUGCACCUGCAGUUAAACAGCAGAUUUCUCCUAUUGACCCUUCAGUCGCCAAAGCGACCGGCAGUCAAGAACUCGAGCCAGCCUACGCGAUACCUCCUAACUCACACAUGGAGCCUGAGACCAGUACUGUAGCGGAAAACUCGGACUUGCAGCAGAUGAUAUCACGUCUUGCGCAACUCCUAGGUGAACAUCUCGACUGCCCAGCGCACAGCUUCAAACGCUCAGAGGCUCUCGUUGAUUAUGGGCUCGACUCUCUGCUGUGCAUGGAGCUUAUGAGCGACAUGCAGCAGAUCUUCGAUCUCUCUAUCGAUCUUGCGCAACUCACCACGGAGAGCACUUAUGGCGACCUCAUCGACCUCUUCGUGCGGGCUGUUAGUGGGGCGAUCAGCGUAGACAGCAGUGCCAGCCCUACAACGUCCUCGAAUGUCAGUAGCUCGGAGCGUACGCGGUCGUCUGGCUUCACGACGCCGGCGACGGACAGGUCCACCAAUUUCGACAAGGAAAAUGUAGCUGGGAUCAAAGACACGUUGCAUUCCCCUCUGAUACGCUCACAGGAUGCAUUCGAGCAGAUCAAGACACAGUUUGACCAUCUCGCACUGGAGUACGAGUUCGCUGGGUUUUACGAAAACGUUUACCCGAAGCAAAUGGAGCUGAUUGUGGCUUACACUGUCGAAGCCUUUGCUGACCUCGGCAUUGAUCUGAAGCGGCUGCAAUCUGGGGAUGAGAUACCUCAACUCGACGUGCUUCCCAGACAUAAACAACUCGCCAGUGCAUUAAACGAUAUCCUACGAGAGGGGAGGCUCGCUGACUACGACGGCAUGCACUACGUUCGCUCAGAGGUACCAAUCGAAGGUCUACCUUCCAAAGCGCUCUUCCACACUAUCUUAGAGGAAUUCCCUCAGCAUGCGGACGAACACAAACUCAUUAACAUCUGUGGCGCAGAGCUUGCCGCACUUUUGCGAGGGCAGAAAGAUCCAUUAGCUUUACUGUAUGGAAACAAAGCGAAUCGAACCACUUUGGAGAACGUGUACAGCGCAAGUCCAAUGUACAUCACCAUGUCUCGGCUUCUCACCAUGUUUUUGGACCAGAGCCUGAGCUCGUUUUCACCUAGUCUAGAUGGUAAGUUCCAGAUUCUAGAGCUCGGCGCAGGCACGGGGUCGACGACAAAAUGGGUUGUGGAAGCACUCGUGCAACGUGGCAUACCUUUCGAAUACACAUUCACGGACAUUUCCUCAUCUCUUGUCUCUGCUGGGAAGCGAAAAUUCGCGAAGUACGGGACCACGAUGAAGUACGCCACAUUGGACAUCGAGAGGGAGCCGCCGAUGGAUCUGCAAGGUCAAUUUGACAUUGUGCUGUCGACAAAUUGCAUUCAUGCCACCAAGAACCUAUCUUCGUCGCUUUCUCAUAUCAACAAGCUCCUCAAACCACACGGUUUUGUCUCGCUGGUAGAGUUCACCACCCGCAUUCUCUGGUUUGACCUCGUCUUCGGCCUGCUCGACGGGUGGUGGGCAUUUGAAGAUGGCCGUCGCUACGUACUGGCUACGCCAGAGUCAUGGGCAGGGAGCAUGCGCGCCAGCGGCUUCUCCCACGUCUCCUGGACGGGCGGUUCGACGCGUGAAUCGGAGACGGUCAGGAUCAUUACCGGUUUCAAGCAGCCUGUUGCCGAUCCUAGUCACUACCAAAGCAUCCCCCAAGACCGGAGAAGCGGCAUCGAGACAGUUGUCUUUGGCCACACGGAUAACAAAUUGCCUUUGAGAGCUGACAUUCACUAUCCUUCGCCUGCGCAGGCAUCUGCACACGAGACAUGGCCAAUCGGCCUAAUGAUACACGGGGGUGGACACGUGAUGCUCUCGCGAAAGGAUGUGCGUCCGCGUCAAACGCAGCUUCUACUCGACCAUGGCGUGCUUCCUGUGGCCAUCGACUAUCGGCUUUGUCCCGAGACCACGCUCCUCGAAGGCCCGCUCGUGGACGCCCUCGACGCCUACGCCUGGGCCCGAUGUGUCCUCCCAACUCUGAACCUUAGCAGCACAUCGAUCCGACUGGAUGCGUCUCGAGUAGUAGUUGUCGGCUGGUCCACCGGAGGCACUGUCGCCAUGUCGCUAGCAUGGACGUCCGUACCGCGAGGCUUGCCGGCCCCAGAUGCAAUUCUCGUCUUCUACUGCCCGACCGACUACGAAGACGAGUUUUGGGCCCGGCCAAAUGUCCCUGACCACACAAACGCCUAUGUCGAAGAAAGGUUAGACCUUCUCGAAGGUGUGUACCCCGCGCCCAUCACUGCGUAUAACGUCCCGUCCAGGAUGGUGGCCAUGGCUGGCUGGAUAGCUCCGAAAGAUGCGCGAAGCCGCAUCGUCUUGCACAUGAACUGGCACGGCCAGACGCUUCCUGUGCUGUUCCGCGGCCUGCCUUGUGCAAAGCACGCUGGGCGGACUGAGGAUGCAACGUGGCACAAUAUGGCGCAGCCGUCGAAUGACGAGGUCGUACGCGGGAGUCCGUACGCUCAGAUUAUCCGGGGUAACUACAAGUCGCCAACGCACAUCGUCUUCGGAACCAAGGACGACCUCAUCCCCUGGCAGCAGGCGAAACGGACGGCGGAUGCGCUACACGCGGCGGGAAUCGAGUCCGGACUGACAUUGGUGCAAGACCAACCCCAUUUGUUCGACAUGUAUGGAGAUCCGACGGGGAAGAGGUGGGAAGCAGUGCUCGAAGGAUAUGCUUUCGUGUUUAACAGAAUUGGAAGAGGCGCGGAAUGA